AUGAGCACAGAUGCAGAGAUGGAGGCCUAUGGCCCGGCAGCCAUCUACCUCCGGAAGCCAGAGAAGGAGAGGAUUGAGGCACAAAUCACUCCAUUUGAUGCCAAAACAUUCUUCUUUGUGGUUGAUGCAGAUGAGAUGUACCUCAAGGGUAAACUUGUGAAGAAAGAAGGUGGCAAAGCCACAGUGGAGACAGUUACUGGAAAGACGGUCACUGUAAAAGAGGAUGACAUCAUCCCAGGAACCCUCCAAACUAAGUAUGACAAAAUUGAGGACAUGGCCAUGAUGACCCAUCUCAAUGAGCCGUCUGUGUUGUAUAACCUCAAAGAGCAUUGCGCAUCAUGGAUGAUCUACACCUACUCUGGGCUGUUUUGCGUUGUUGUGAACCCCUACAAGUGGCUUCCUGUGUACGAUGCUCAGGUUGUCUGAGCAUACAGAGGCAAGAAGCGGAUUGAGGCUCCACCCCACAUCUUCUCCAUCUCUGACAAUGGCUAUCAGUUCAUGCUCACUGAUCGUGAGAACCAGUCAAUCCUGAUUACUGGAGAAUCUGGUGCAGGAAAGACUGUCAACACCAAGCGUGUUAUCCAGUACUUUGCAACAAUUGCAGCUCUUGGAUCUAAGAAGGCUGAGCCAACACCUGGCAAAAUGCAGGGCUCCCUUGAGGACCAAAUUGUUGCGGCCAACCCUCUGCUGGAGGCCUAUGGUAAUGCCAAGACUGUGAGGAAUGACAACUCCUCUCGUUUUGGUAAAUUCAUCAGGAUCCACUUUGGCAGUACUGGAAAACUGGCUUCAGCUGAUAUUGAAACAUAUCUGCUGGAGAAGUCUCGUGUAACCUUCCAGUUGUCUGCUGAGAGGAGCUACCAUAUCUUCUAUCAGCUGAUGACCGGCCACAAGCCUGAGCUCUUGGAGGCUCUUCUGAUCACCACCAACCCCUAUGACUACCCAAUGAUCAGUCAGGGUGAAAUCACUGUCAAAAGCAUCGAUGAUGUUGAGGAGUUCAUUGCAACAGAUACUGCUAUUGACAUUUUGGGCUUCACUGCUGAGGAGAAGAUAAACAUCUUCAAGCUGACUGGAGCUGUGAUGCAUCAUGGCAACAUUAAAUUCAAGCAGAAGCAGCAUGAGGAGCAGGCUGAACCUGAUGGCACUGAGGUGGCUGACAAAAUCGCUUACCUCCUGGGCCUGAACUCAGCUGAUAUGCUAAAAGCUCUGUGCUACCCAAGAGUGAAGGUCGGAAAUGAGAUGGUCACCAAGGGACAGACUGUACCACAGGUCAACAAUGCUGUCAGUGCUUUGUGCAAGUCUGUCUAUGAGAAAAUGUUCUUGUGGAUGGUCGUCCGUAUCAAUGAGAUGUUGGACACAAAGCAGCCAAGACAGUUCUUCAUUGGAGUGUUGGAUAUUGCUGGAUUUGAGAUCUUUGAUUUCAACAGCUUGGAGCAACUCUGCAUCAACUUCACCAAUGAGAAACUGCAACAGUUUUUCAACCAACAUAUGUUUGUUCUGGAGCAAGAGGAGUACAAGAAGGAGGGUAUUAUCUGGGAGUUCAUUGACUUUGGCAUGGACUUGGCUGCCUGCAUUGAGCUUAUUGAGAAGCCCAUGGGUAUCUUCUCCAUCCUUGAAGAGGAGUGCAUGUUCCCCAAGGCCACAGACACAUCCUUCAAGAACAAGCUGUAUGACCAGCAUCUUGGCAAGACCAAGGCCUUUGAGAAGCCAAAGCCUGGAAAGGGCAAGGCUGAAGCUCACUUCUCCCUGGUUCACUAUGCUGGUACAGUGGACUACAAUAUCACUGGCUGGCUGGACAAGAACAAGGAUCCACUGAAUGACUCUGUUGUUCAGCUGUACCAGAAGUCUGCAAAUAAACUGCUUGCCAUGCUGUAUGCAACCCAUGCUGCAGCUGAUGAUGCAGCUGGUGGCAAAAAGGGUGGUGGAAAGAAGAAGGGUGGUUCCUUCCAGACUGUGUCUGCUCUUUUCAGAGAGAACUUGGGCAAGCUGAUGACUAACUUGAGGAGCACCCAUCCUCACUUUGUGCGCUGCCUGAUUCCCAAUGAAUCAAAGACCCCAGGUCUUAUGGAGAACCACUUGGUCAUCCAUCAGCUGAGGUGUAACGGUGUGCUGGAGGGCAUCAGAAUCUGCAGAAAGGGCUUCCCCAGCAGAAUCCUCUAUGGUGACUUCAAGCAGAGGUAUACAAGUUUGAAUGCCAGUGUCAUCCCUGAGGGACAGUUCUUGCAAAAGAAGCUUCAGAGAGCUGCUGGCUCCAUUGGGAUGUGGCAACACUCAGUAUAGUUUAGGAGCAACAAGGUUUUCUUCAAAGCUGGUCUGCUGGGUACUCUAGAGGAGAUGAGAGAUGAGAAACUGGCUACACUGGUGACCAUGACUCAGGCACUCUGCAGAGGAUUUCUUAUGAGGAAGGAGUUUGUUAAAAUGAUGGAAAGAAGAGAUGCAAUCUUCACCAUCCAGUACAACAUCCGUUCAUUCAUGAAUGUGAAGAACUGGCCAUGGAUGCAUCUGUACUUUAAGAUCAAGCCUCUUCUGAAGAGUGCUGAGACUGAGAAGGAGCUCCAGCAGAUGAAGGAGAACUAUGAAAAGAUGAAAUCAGAUCUGGCUACUGCCCUGGCCAAGAAGAAGGAACUGGAGGAGAAGAUGGUGUCCCUUCAGCAGGAGAAGAAUGAUCUGCAGCUGCAAGUAGCAUCUGAAGGUGAGAACCUCUCUGAUGCUGAGGAAAGGUGUGAGGGGCUCAUCAAGAGCAAGAUCCAGCUCGAGGAGGACAAGAAGAAUGUGACCAGACUUCAGGAUCUGGUGGACAAGCUGCAGCUCAAAGUCAAGGCCUACAAGAGACAGGCUGAGGAGGCUGUAAGUCAACUACAAUAA